AUGAUCUUAUCUCUGGUGCGCUCGCUGAAUAAGGAUGAUCUCGAACGAGAUCCCUCCAUUUAUUGGCUGCGUGAACAUUUGGGAUUCUUGACCAACGAGCAUCUAAUGAACGUCGGGCUGACGGGAGCGCAGAGAGGGCUCUGUAUCAUUGGUAUGAGAGAAAUAUAUUAUAAUUAAAUAAUACCUUGUAAACUCUAGGCAGAUAAACUUAAAAUGGACGAGAGUUUCGUGGCCGGUAAAAUCACUUAGUGAGAUUAAACGGUAUGGGAAAAUGACAUCGGCUCUUUCUGGCCGUUCACAUCAGUUUCCCGCCGUUUUAAAGAAUUGUAAUGGAUUUAUUCUUUAAAAAGCACUGAAAUUGACUCAAACUCACAGUUUCUGAUGGCGCAAAUUCAAGUAGGUUUGGUAGCCCAAGAAGCUCGUUGAUUUUAAAAGAUCUGACUCCAUAAGUCAAGUCCCACUGAAAGUCCGAAGUACAGUCCACUGUUCACAGUUUUAAUUUUAUCUUUAUUAUUUUACUAACCACUUUUUUUAUUUGGGUGACAAGAACCUACUGAUGCUUCGCCCCAUGUGGCAAGUGUUUCUAGACUUUUACGAACAAAGAAAAUGUAUGGUUAAUGAUCUGCCUGGCCUGUAA